CGAGCAACUAGGAAAGCAGACCUUAUUAUUUGUUCACAAAAUUGUAUUUUAUAUAUAUAUAUAUAUAUAUAUAUAUAUGUAUAUAAGUUCCCUAAAAUAUAUCUUUUAAAAAUAAAUAAAAGUAUUAAUGGACACGGAAGCUGACCUCUUCUAUCGACAGAUACCUAAAGUUGAGCUCCAUGCACAUCUUAACGGCUCUGUUAGCUUUGCAACGAUGGACAAACUCAUCGCCCGAAAGCCGCAGCUGAACAUCGAGUCCAGCAGGACGGCCAUCCACAGCGGACAGCACCGCACACUGUCCGAAUGCUUCCAGGUUUUCAAAGUGAUCCAUCAGCUUGUUGAUUCCGAGGAAGACAUUUUGAUGGUUGCCAAAUCUGUUAUCGAGGAGUUUGCCGCAGAUGGCGUGAAGUACUUGGAACUGCGCAGCACUCCACGGGAAGAAACCAAAACAGGUCUGUCUAAAAGAAGAUAUAUCGAGACAGUCCUGGAAGCCAUCCAUCAGUGUAAGCAAGAAGACGUGGACAUAGAUGUCAGGUUUCUCGUGGCUGUGGACCGCAGAAAUGGCCCGGAGGUUGCUAUGGAGACGGUGAAGCUAGCCGAGGACUUCAUGUCGUCCAGCGAUGGUGUGGUGGUGGGACUGGACCUCAGCGGUGACCCUACAGUAGGGCAUGGAAAAGACUUACUUCCAGCUCUUCAGAGGGCCAGGAACUGUGGACUCAAGCUGGCACUGCAUAUGUCUGAGAUUCCUUCCCAGAAGGAGGAGUCGGAGUUGCUGUUGGAUUUGCCUCCAGACAGAAUUGGCCACGGAACCUUUUUACACCCCGGAGCAGGAGGUUCGGACAGCCUCGUGGAUAAAGUUUGUAAGCUAAACAUCCCUUUGGAAUUGUGCCUGACCUCUAAUGUGAAAGGUCAGACGGUACCUUCAUACGACAAGCAUCACUUCCAGUACUGGUAUGAGCUCCAGCACCCGUGUGUGCUUUGCACGGACGAUAAGGGGGUGUUUUGCACCGAUCUCUCUCAGGAGUACCACUUGGCUGCGUCUACCUUCGGCCUCACUCAGGAUGCCGUCUGGUCUCUUUCCCAGCAGGCAAUUCAGUGCAGUUUUGCUCCAGAGGCUGUAAAGCAGAAGCUGGAGCAGAGGUGGGCUGAGCUAAGACCUCACGUCCUUCACUGAUGAGGAUGAUGCUCCUUCAUCUCUUUGCUGUACUGUAUGUCCGUUUUGUGUUAUAGGGGUAAUACCAUGUGUUCGAAGUACUGGACAUACUUGAAUUUAGCUGUUUUAACUUGUUCAACACAUUUAAAGUGUCUAGUACUGUGUUCGCUAAUAUAUAUUCCCUAACACACCCUUAUCUCUGACUUCCACGGUUGUUUUAAAUUCAUAAAAACAAGCAGUUUUAUCUAUAAAUUGUUUCAGGGCUAGGCUUGCCUAUGUUUUCAUGCAUUUGUAUCAAGCCUGAUUUUCAAAUGUUCUCCACAGAAAAUAUUCCCAUUUUAUACUGACAAUUUUGACAAUGUGUUGUUUAGCCAGCUGCUGUUUCUGUCUCACACAGACACACACACACACAUACAUACAUAGCUGUGUAAUUACCUCCAAAAGACAGACGGUGAAGUGAGUGUUAAUGAAGCAUCUCAGCUUUGUGCAGCCGCUAAAGUGUUUUUAGAUUAAAUUACAAUCUAGUAGCCUGUGAGACUUGAAUAAGGAGGACAGCCAUGUUUGAGCUAACCUCACUCAGUUAGGACUUAAACACUGAGUGUGUCUGUAGUGUUUCAGCUGAUUUUUUAUUAAAUAACGCUGCUCUUAAUGUCUGCAUCUGGUGGUUGGUGUGUUUUUAUGAGAUUACCAGCAGGGGGCAGAAACACAACUAGAAAGAUUUUUGUUAUGAUCAGAGCAGAGUGCUGCAUCAGUUCACCAAUAACCUGAUCCCAAUUUCAGCAUGCUCUGAAUCUUCUCUUUCUUUCUUUCUUUCUUUCUGUUAUUUAUUCCUUCCUUCCUUCCUUCCUUGCACCUCUUU